CAUUGCAAAUAUUUAGGGCUUGGGCAUGGAGGAAGCCCGGCAGGCGCUGGGCGAUGGUCGAUUCCCCGACGCUGUCAAGCUCUGCAAGCAGCUACUCAAGCAUGAUCGCCGCAACUACGAUGGAUUCGUGGUCCUCGGCCUGGCGCUCGUCCGCAGCUCGCAGCAUCUGGAUCAGGCCGAAAUGUCGCUCAAGAAGGCCAUCUCUCUCGAUCCAUCCGCAUUGCCGGCGUACCAGGCUAUGGUCGAGCUGCGGGAAUCGAUGGGAAGCUCACCAGAUUUGCUCGCCGAAUCGAUCCAAGCAGCUCUGGAUGUGGCCAGGGCGCGGAACCAGAGUGCGCUUGCGGCGGAUUUGAUGCGGAAGCUUGCACGGACAUUCUCAGCUGGACACAAGCACGAUCAAGCGAAAGCUGCUUGGGGCCAAGUUCUCGACAUGGAAGUAAGUCGAGAGCAACGGGUUGAGGCCCUCUCUGGAAUUGUGGACGCGCACAUAGCAGCUGGCAAAGGAGCGAAAGAAUGCGAAGCAACUGGAGAGGAAGAAACACAAGCUAUGGUGUCACACCUUGAAGAGCUUGUCUCCAUGCUACCUUACGUUGAGAUCUACCGGGAACUUUUGUUGGCACUUCUUGCUUGCAAAGCUCGUCGAGGGGAGCAAACGAAAAAGGAUCUCUUGAAGCACUCCCGAGAAAUGCUAUCAACUUGUCCCUCGACAAUGGCGGCCGAUGUGCUUGUGACCAUGGCUGAAGAGGACGAUGCGGAAGAACUUUUCGAGGAUUUUGAAACGGGAGAAGCGAGCUUUCGUGUCUGGAUCGGAAAGCACGUUGCUCAUCUAUAUCCUGGAAGGGGUAUCACACUAGCUUCAUCCAAGUGUAAAACUUCUAGGAAGAUGCUGGCAGAGUGGGAUGUUUCAUGUGACGAAAACUCAAUCUCUGGGUGUCGGAUGCUGGCAAAAGAACUUGUGUCCGAAGGGCUGUUUGAGAAAGCUUCUGAGCGAGUAGGAAAGGGUCUAGCUUCUAUAGCGCUCAAACGAAGGUCAUACGGACUAGAGGCCAAGUCCCUGCCGGAACAACGAAGCAGAAUUAUCAUUGGUGAGGCUUUCCAGGGAUUGGUAAAGCUCUCACUUGCUAUGAAGGAAAGGGAUGUCGCAAAGUCCAGGCUUGAUCAAAUUCUGCGACAGGAUCCUAAAGAUCACUGGGCACUUUCUGAGAGAGGUUGGCUCGCUUUCGAAACCAGUUCCUUCAACCAAGCAAAGGCAGACUUGGAGAAUGCUGUUUCUGCAUGCCAGGAAUCUGCUAUUUACCACUACCGUUUGGGACGCGUUUAUUGGGAAACCGAAGACAUGAAGGAGAAAGCAGCACACGAAUUUGUUGAAUCUGCAAAACUUGACCCCAGUCGAGCUGAUACGUUCAUCUACUUGGGCCACUACUACAGAGAGCUUGCAAAAGAUCUUCGAAGGGCAGUUCGCUGCUACCAAAAGGCUGUGGCUUUGGACGCCGAAAAUGAAGCGACGGGAGAAAUGCUUUGUGACAUCCUUGAUCAUGGGGGGCAGUUUUCAAUGGAAAAGAACAUUUGUGAAGAGGCUUCAAAAAAAUCACCUCGUGCAUUUUGGGCAUGGCGGCGUCUUGGAUUUAUUCAGGUAGCGGAACGGAAGUGGUCAGAGGCAAUAUCGAGCACGCAAUAUGGUCUUCGCGGAUAUCCGACUGAUUCCCGCCUUUGGGAGGCUCUAGCACUGUCUUAUAAAAAGCUAGGCAUGCUUACUGCCGCGUCGAAGGCUUUUGGUCGUGCAUUUGACCUUGACAACAGUAGCCUGUUCGCUGCUCUUGAAAUGGGAGCUAUCGACCUUGCCUUGUCCGCAUUUUCUAAGGCCACCCGAGCGUAUCGUGAAGCCUUGCGUAUCUCUCCUGGUGAGCUCAUUGCUAUUCAUGGCCUCGUAUCUUCCUUACUUGGUCAAGCUCGGGAGUGCUUUACUCAGGGUGCGUUUUGGUGGUGUGCUACAAUCUUGAAGGAGGCAAUUGAUUUAGCCAUUGGAAGCAGGUCGAUGUAUGGGCAUUUGGUUGCCAUAUGGAAGCACCUUGGCGAUGCAAGCUUGAUGUACGCGCAGUCGUUGCCUUUUGAAUCAGCAGAUCCGCAGAGAUCUUGGCAAGAGGCUGUUGACUCGUGGUACAGUGAACGAGUAGAUGCUGCGAAUAACGCUGUGCAUGCGUAUCGACGUGCAAUCCAUUUGCUACCAAGCGAAGGGAGUCUGUAUCGUGAUCUUGCAACCGCAAUGGAGUAUACGUUGAAUUUAAAGAAACCUUCCAGACCCUCACAAACAAGAUGGUUCGAAACGGAAAUUAUUGUCUGCUGUGGUUUGCAACACGAUGGAUCGAACGCGGAUAUGUGGGUGUCUCUAGCUCUCGUCACUCAACACAAAGGACUCCGGCAGCAUGCUCUUAUUCAGGCUCUCCGACUUGAUGCAAACCAUGCAAUUGCAUGGGCUUAUCUAGGCCAACUCUAUUUGAGUUUGGGUGAGCAAGUCCUGGCGCAACAAUCAUUCGAUAGAGCUCGAAGUGCAGAUCCAACUUUAUCAUUGCCAUGGGCCGGAAUGGCACUCAUCCAUUAUAAUUUAAGCCAGAGAACUACCUCGAAGGAUCAGGCUUUAGAAGCGUUCGCAAGCUGUUCCUGUGCUGUGCAACUCUCAUGUGCACCUAACGUACAUCUCGGGGUUGGCCAACUAGCGGCGCAGACGCAGAAUCUUGGCCUACCUCAGGUGAAUUUGGCUCUGCAACAUGCAUCUCAAAGACAGCCAUUACAAGCAGCAGCACAUAAUCUGCGAGGGCUGUCAUGUGAGUCCAGAAAGGAUUACAUGCCAGCUGUUGUAGCGUAUAGGAAUUCCCGUUCUGCAGCUACAAAAGCAUUACUAUCUAGUGAGCUUCAGACUCUUAUUACGGCGAAUCUUGCUCGAACUUUAUGCAAGGCUGGAAAUGCAGAGGAUGCAGUUCUGGAGUAUAACAAGCUUCGUGAUUCCAGUUCGUUACAUGACUUGGAUGAUAUCCGAAGCUAUGCUGUCGCAUUAAGGGACUCGGGUCAAGGAGUUCAGGCGGAGGUACUCAUAAAGAAGGCACUAACCACAAGAACACCACAUGACAGCAGAGCACAGUUCGCUGCUAUGCUCGUGCUUCUCUCCAAAUUAACAUACUUCAACCAAGGACCUGUGCCUGGAUUUGACGUUCUAUGGAGUGCUCCUGACAUACUCUUUUCGGACGAAGAACUUUGCUUGACGGCUCUUUCGCUAGCACUCUCUACCUGUAGAACAGAUCGGAUUUCUGCAGCCAUUAGUCGAUGCCGUUAUCUAUUCACUUCAAAGUACGCAGCAGAUGCGUACGUGCUAAUUGCAUCAAUGAACCAGGCUGAGGUAAUUCCGGACAUGAAAAGAGCACUGCAUUGUUACCCCACGAGUGGCAGCUUGAGAGCAAAGCUGGGAGAGAUUAUUCUUUCUCAUGGUUCUCAUGAUCAUGGUUCAACUUCAAACCUGGUGGAACGAUUGUGCAGCAUGAGCUCUCUGAUUUCAGAUGACAGGCUGACGCAGAAGUUGAGUUCGUUGGUUCUUGUUGAUGCUACGGUUGCGUGCGGUCAAUAUGGCACGGAAAUACUCCUUCAGCUGCAGAGGGUGGUUCACCGCGAGCCCUGGAACAUGAAGGCACGAUAUUGCUUGAUACUGGUUUUGCUUGGUGGUGCGCGAAGACAAGGCUUUCCUCGUCAUCUCUGCCAUACUAUACUACGAAUAUCGACAACUACUCUGUACCAUCUCCCUUCUUCCUCUGAUCGUCAGGCUGCCUACAUGCGAAUGCAGAUAGAGCUUUGUGUGUCGGAGAGUGAGCUGAGGCUCGGCAACUACACUUGCGCUCUUGACCGAGCCGUGGCAUCUCUCAACGCCAUCAAGGGGUUCUCAGAUCUCAAUGCGGCUCCUGCGUACCUCCAGCUCGCUCGCUGCUAUCGUCUACUCAACGACUUGUCUCAUUUCGUAAAAGGAGCAGUGGCAGGGUGGCAGCAGCAAACAGAUGUAAAACGAGACAAUGCUCUUUGGCACUUGUCAUUGCUGGAGUUGCAGCUAUGCUGUGGAGUGAUCAAAGAGGACGAUAGUGUGUUAUUCAGGCUCAGGCAUUCGCUGCAGCAGUCCAAGCAGGGAUGGUUAGCACUUCUUGAAGUGAUGCUAGCGCGCCUCUAUUAUCAAAGGGCUGAGCCAGAGCUAUCAGAGGAUGCUGCAGCCAAUGCAUUGCUAUGGUGGCCAAACAAUCCAGUGCUGUGUCUCUUCCAUGGUGCGGUAUCUUUGGAGCUGGCAAAGUCGGGGAAGGGAGCCAGCUAUGCAUCUAAGGCUGUUUCAAGCCUUGGGAAAGCGGUGCGAGACAAGGGUAGAGAGCUUCCGACGGCAUACGCUCUUCUAGCUCAAGCCGAGUCAAGCGGCAGCAAAGAUGGAUCGAAUCGGGCAGGUGUGGUAAAAAAAUGGGCCAAGCACCUGCGAGCAGCAUUCCUGGCAUGGCCUACGACAGAACAUCCAGUACCAGCAGAGAUGUUUUUCCUCAUGGCUUUACUAUCCAAGCAGCAAGUAGGGGGCGAGCAAGGCGAGAGAUGCCCCGAGGACGAUAGAACUUGGUGGUCAUGGCUACAGGCGGCUGUGCAUUUGAACCCGACAUGUCCAAAGUACUGGACAUUAUUAAAGCAGAUAAAAUAGUUCUUUUCUACGAGUGAUUUUCCACCC